GUUUUGACUGUUCCCAUACAUGAGCAAAAUGUCAUUUGAAUUGAAAAAGGUUGCGUCUACGCGAUUCGUGCAUUGCUCUAUUCGUUGAGCAACCUGCAUUGAAUCAUAUCCGGUAAUGCUUCUGAUUGCGAGAAAAUUUAUCGCAUUUUUGUUUUGCUUUAUUUAGAUGAUUGACGAAAACUAGAUAAAAAAAGGUUGAUAGAUACCGAAAGCUUGGUAUCUCAUUGUAUCACAAAGUAAUCUUAUCAUUCAUCGACGUUAUCGUAAAUUUCGACGUAUAUAUUCAUUGACGGGAGGUUUCAGUCACUGACAAGUUGCUAGAUCUACCUCAUUACAAUAGUUUUAACAGUGAACAAUGAAAGCUCCGAUUUGUAUAUUACUCUUAGCUGCCAGCUUGGGGCUGGUUUUGGGUGGUGCCUGCAAUAUAGGAGUCGGUCAACGGCAAUCCGGUGAAUUCCAAAUGUAUACGAUACAUGCCGCUAAGGGACCUCUAGCCGAGGCGCAGAUCAUAUCGCUGACAUUCGACUAUCAGGUCAACCCAAUCGACACGGUUGAAAUAACUUACGUUGACAUCAACACUUCUUUACAGAACCAAUGCUCGACCAGUUUUCCCACUGCAGGGUUUGGUAGAGAAUUUCAAAUCACUGUGUCAACCAUGAGUCCCGUUACCGAAUUCUCUGGGUCAGCAACUGUGUACGGAGUACGAAGGAUCCAAAACUAAUGGAUCAAAAUGAUGAUUUUUUAGAGUUGAUUUUAAGAGUUUAAAGCAAUAAUGUCUACCGUUACUCAUUUACUGUAGACGCUUUGUGCAUGUAAGUAAAAGAAUUCUCUAAACUUCCAGUAGAAAAAAAACAAUUAAAAAACUUC